GGCGCGCGCAGUUUCACUCCCUACUGUAUCGAUGAAGUUGCACAAAGAUGGCGGAUUUCCUGCCGUCCCGGUCCUUUCUAUCUGUUUGUUUUCCAAACUGUAUUCUGAACAGCAGCGAGGCGGAACAACUAAGGAAAUCUAAAGAAAUAGACCGAGGACUUAUCAAAGACAAAACCUAUGUGAAACGCCUAGUGAAGAUACUUUUGCUCGGCGCCGGAGAGAGCGGCAAGUCCACUUUCCUCAAGCAGAUGCGCAUUAUACACGGGCAGGACUUCGAUCAGGGGGCCAAAGAAGAGUUCAGAGGCACCAUUUACAGUAAUGUUAUGAAAGGUGUUCGAGUGCUUGUGGAUGCCAGAGAAAAGCUGCAUAUCCCAUGGGGAAACCCUUCAAACCAGAAACAUGGAGACAUCAUGAUGGCUUUUGACACACGGUCGACCAUGGUGUCGCAAGGGAUGAUGGAGACGAAAUUCUUCCUGCAGUACAUGCCCUCAAUCCGGGCCCUCUGGGCUGACAGCGGCAUACAGAAUGCAUAUGACCGGCGCAGAGAGUUUCAGCUGGGUGAAUCUGUGAAGUAUUUCUUGGACAACUUGGACAAACUCGGAACACCGGACUACUUGCCAACACAGCAAGACAUCCUGCUGGCACGUAAGCCCACCAAAGGCAUUCAUGAGUACGACUUUGAGAUCAAAAACGUGCCCUUCAAGAUGGUGGAUGUUGGUGGGCAGAGGUCGGAGCGCCGCCGGUGGUUUGAGUGCUUCGACAGCGUCACUUCCAUCCUCUUCCUGGUCUCAUCCAGCGAGUACGACCAGGUGCUGAUGGAGGACCGGCAGACCAACCGUCUCAUGGAGUCACUCAACAUCUUCGAGACCAUAGUCAACAACCGCGUCUUCAGCAACGUUUCCAUCAUCCUGUUCCUCAACAAGACGGACUUGCUGGAGGAAAAGGUCAGAACGGUGGCCAUCAAGGACUAUUUCGCCGAGUUCACAGGGGAUCCGUAUAGCCUGCAGGAUGUGCAAAACUUCCUGGUGGAGUGUUUCCGAAACAAACGCCGAGACCAACAGCAGAAGCCCCUCUACCACCACUUCACCACUGCCAUUAACACGGAGAACAUUCGCCUGGUCUUCCGUGACGUCAAGGACACCAUCUUGCACGACAACCUCAAACAGCUCAUGCUGCAGUGAUACCGGUCCAACCCUUUCCUUUCAGAUCUCUCUAAAAUAACCCUCUUCUGCUCUGAUGUUUGUACUCCACACAGUAACCUUUUUGAAUAGCUCUGACGUGCUUUCGUGCGAGGAAGAAGAAGGCCUAGCCUUGCGCUCUGUCAUGAGCAUGGGACGGCAGGUAGUUUUUCUCUUAAAGAGCAGGUCUACAGAAGAGAGUGCAUUCGUCCACUCACACAUGAGUGCCCUGCCAGAGAAGCUGUACAUGUCAUUGAGCGCCACCCUCUGCCUGAAGGUGCCAAACGCUCCCUCGAAAAGAGGACAAAAGCAGGAAUAGAUCCUAGCAUCUGAUACCUUUGAGCCUUGUAUUACUGACCAAAUAGCAAGAUGAGAUGCAAAUGCUGUUUUAACCUUUUAACAGGAACCAUGUUCUGAGCCUUUCUGUCCAUGUCCUACCUGGCCUUAAUUUUUACCCCUCGGUUUGAUUGGUGUUUUUAACCUGUAGAUGUCUAAUCAUUUGUACAAAAUUUUCGGAUUCAGUUGUUGUUUUUUAUAUAAAUAUAUAUAUAUAUAGAUAUGAAUAUAUUUACCAACAAACUUAAGUUAUGUUUCAGAACGUUUACACUCUGAUUUUUCCUCUGCUGAUGGAUAACGCUCACGAUUCAUACCACUUGAUGACAAACUGAACUUCUACUGUGGUUAGCCAUGCUAGGCGAGCUGAUAGAUCCAGUGUGUAUACGGCAUAAACUCAGGGCUGAACGUAGACCACUUUAGCGUAACUCUUCAGGCGCCGUCGAGAACAUCCACUAACUGUAGCUCUCCAUCAGUGGCUGGAAAUCCAACUUCCUUGCUGGCCUGCAGAUGUCCUUCUCUGCCUUACCCUAGCGAGAGUCUGGAAGAACCUCUUCCUCCAUCAGGGAACAAAAUACGGUGUUUUUUAUUUAUUUGCUUUGUUUUAAAUCUUUUUUAAAUCCACAAACCAAACUAUUCAGACUCCUCAGUUAGACCCCACAAACAAAAGCGCCUGUAUUCACAAGUGCCACGUGUUUAAGGUACCAAUAAUUCGAGCAAAGGGAUAGAUCUUACUGUGUGAACCUUAUGGUUCCCUCAAAGGUUGUGUAUAGCUACUUUGUAUAGUGCCAUUUCUGCCCUCAAUACUACUGUUGAAGUAAGUAUUUUUGUGUAAAUAAUCUCUAACCCAUAUGUAACCUACACUGAAAUGUAUAGCUUUUUCUUUUUUGUCCACUGUGCACCCUCAAAUCCAGAGAUACUGACUCCCUGCCCUCAACUCUUGCUCUUGUGCAGUUUUUUUGGGGCUGGUUGGCGCUGAAUGGUGCCCUGUAUACAUCGUCUGCACAUUCAGAUGUGCGCUCUUUGUCUGGCAUCGUGUUUUGCCUUACGCCCCUGGCUGAAGUCCCAGGAGGCUCGUGAAUAGCAAGUAUUACGUCUUUGCACUGCACUGAGUGUCCUGUGUCUCCUAGUGCCAUUUACUGCCAGCAAAGACGCGUCUUGGCAUUCGACUUUGACUGCACAGGUUUUUUUUACUGAUUUGUAGCAUCGUUUGAAAUACUAAGAGUGUCCGCCUCUAGUAUUUGCUGCCUUAUUUGGCAAGCGAAGUCUUAAAAUGUUGUAUUAUAUGCCUUCCAGAUCUUUUUAAACAAGUGUUACGUACUUACCGAAGUGGCAAACAUCCGUCUACAGCUUCUGCCAACCCAAGUGCUUGUGCUAAUGAUGUCACUGGCCGUCAGCACGGUGCAAAAAGCCACCAUUACUGUCAUCACACACACACACACACACACUCUCCACCCCAAUGCCUCUGUUUGACGCUUUGGUUUCUGUCGCGCUUCUUACAGUUGACCUGUUUAAAGGAAGGCUGCUGCAGGUCGAUACUACUCCAGCUGUAUAUCUAUAAGAUCAGCGUCAUCUUUGUCGUGAUUGACCUUCGUUUUCUCUGCUCUUCCUGUAAGGAUUCCUGAUGAUGGUUCUUACUGUAGCUUUCUCCACAAUGUGAUUCUGAUCAGAGGUGGUUGAUUUUUGACGAUUUUUGCCCAAAUAAUCUAAUGGAGUAUUGAUUUAUGCAAGUCGGGAAUGUUGCCUGUCACUGAUCUGCUAGUGCCUCCAGUUUGAUGCCUCAGACAUUUCUGGUCCUUUUUUUUUUUUUGUUUUUUACUUAGACUUUUGAAUUUUGAUUAAUGCGGAUGCUUGUGAGUCCUCAUAUCAUAGUAAUUCAGACUAAAGAUUUUGAGAUUCUUGUGUGCUCCGUGUUGGAAAUUAGAUCUGCUCUCAUUGUACAGUCUAACCUAUGCUUCUUCAGUCUUCAUCAUUGGCUCAAUAAAAUCAUUUUUGCAAAAA